ACAUUACAUCAACUUAGUAAUAUAUAUCAAUAUCCAAUCUAUAAUAUAAAUUGACAAAUAAAACAUUUUCGGCUAUUUCUGAUUAGGCCGGGAACAACUCGGUGAGAUUCGAAAGUAGAUGAGGAUUUAUUUUCUUCUUACUUUCUACCUUGGAUAUUUUUAUUUUUACACUUCCAUUUUUGGUUUUUAUUUCUAGUGUUGACUGAGGAAAUAUAAAAAGAAAAUAAACUCUCCCUAUGAAAACGUCGUUAUAAUUACUAACCGGCUUGUGAAAAACCAUAACUUUGCAGUACGAUUGGAAAUAAAGUAUGAGGUAUUUUUACGUCAAAACUAUUGCAUUGCUGAUUUCAUUGGUAACUCUUUCAAAAGGUAAUCCUACGCAAUUAAGGUCGUUCUGUUUAAUUUGGCUAAUUUUAUUUGUUUCAUGCGGAUGAUAUGAAUACAUGAUAUUCAAUAGUUAUUCAAUGGUUUACUCGAGAACCUCCAAGUGUGCUCUACGUGUCCAGUGGAGGUACAGCGAGACUUGUGUGGGAUUACAAUGUCAGAAAUAGAACUGUAAUGUUUGAUCCAUAUUCACCAGAGUGGGCUCUGUAUAAUACAAUUGGAUUUAGAAUAGUUAUAGGCGUCGAGGAUGCUUACAAUGGAUGGAAGUUCGUUAUUCUCAAAAGCUGCCCCACAAGACUGMGUGGUCGAGUCAGUAAAGAGUCCACAGCUACUCUUGUCAUCUCUAAUGUCACAAAAGCUGAUGAACGGCUAUAUGAAUGCAGUCUGCUGUUAUUAGUGGGAUCACCAAUAAGAAGUAAAGUACAACUAGUUGUUACAGAACGUCCCCGCUUUACUUCUCCUGUCAAUAUAUCUACGUCUAUCAAUGAGGGAUCAAGUCUGUGCAUCCGAUGUUCAGCAGCUGCAGAUCCUAUGCCCAACAUAACGUGGGUACGAAUUAUAAAGAACCCAAAAAUUAUCAGUGAAGGAGUUGGUGAAGCAUUUCUCAGAUUCGACAACAUCACGAGACACCAACUUGGAACAUAUGAGUGUCAGGCUAAGAAUAAUCCAAACGAGGAUCCCGUUACAACGAGAACCGAAAUCUCAGUAAAAUACCCUGUAGAACCAACGAAUGUCUUCGUUUCUGACAUCAAAGCAACUUCUGCAGUGAUCAAGUGGCACAGUCCCGUUGAUGAUGGAGGGAUCCGGUAUCCUAAARAAUCGUGSGUUCUGAUUGGCUGUUUGAGCUGGCGGCAUUUUGUCAGUAUCUGCCCGCGCUCGCGGUCCGGUAUGCUUUGCCACUAA